CGGCUUCGUGGUAGCACUGCAGAUCGGCACAGCAAUUGGGCCGGUCUCACCUCAGUUUACGUUGGUUCACGACACUUGUUGCCCGCGUUUGCAUUCGAAACAAACAAUUAUCAACUUGUGCUGCAGUGACAGUGGUGAUUUCAAUACGAACUUCACCAGAGUUUUCAUAGCUCACUACAAUGGGGGGUAGGAGAGCCCUCAUAAUCUUGUACCUGGCGUACAGUGCCACAUGCAUGGACCAGCUGAACAUACGCUUCGAGUGGAGACAAUUGGAUUAUCAGUUCACAUCUCCCGAAGCGAGGCAGCAAGCCAUCGACAACAAGAACUUCAUACCGAAGAAUAAUAUACCCAUGGGCAUAGAGAUCUUCGAGGAGAAACUCUUUCUGACCGUCCCGAGGUGGCGUUCAGGAGUUCCGGCUAGUUUGAACUAUGUUAAUCUAAAAGACAAUUCGACUACAUCUCCGAAGCUCAUGCCUUACCCAAGUUGGGCAGCUCACGCUACCGGCUUGGAUGGAAAACCACCAGAAAUAAUCUCCCCAUUCAGGGUUCGCGCUGACCGUUGCGGUCGUCUCUGGGUGUUGGACAAUGGAAAAAUUGGGAAUUUAGAAACCAGCCCCACUAAAUACCCGCCGUCCAUUAUUGUUUACGAUCUUAAGACAGAUAAUCUCCUUCGAAAAUACGUGAUACCUGCUGAUCAAGUUAAAGAGGAAUCAGGUUUUGUGAAUAUUGUGAUUGAAGACACAGAUUGUCAGAAAACCUAUGCUUAUGCAGGUGAUGUUGGCAAAGCGGGUAUUGUUGUUUACUCGUGGGACAGAAACGAAUCCUGGAGAAUAUCACACCACUUUUUCUACCCGGAUCCUUUUGCUUGCGAUUUCAAUGUCAAAGGUCUCAACUUUAGUUGGACUGAUGCCAUUUUCGGUAUGGGCAUAUCAGGUCCAAAUUCCGAUGGUUAUAGCACACUGUACUUCCAUCCGAUGGCUAGUUACAACGAGUUUAAAGUGUCCACAGAAUAUCUUCGAAACGUAACCGUAGCUGAGAAUAAUUUCGAAGCCUUCCAACAAUUGGGAACUAGAGGUCCUAACUCGCAAUCGAGCGUCUCUUUUCUCGAUCAAAAGACCGGUGUUCUCUUCUACUCUCUUGUGAAUCUGAACGCUGUCGCGUGCUGGAAGACCUCGAACAGGGAAUAUCUGAUGAAGAACCAAGGCAGAAUCUAUAUGAACGACGAAACUAUGGUAUAUCCCACUGACAUAAAGGUUGAUUACAAUGACAAUUUGUGGAUUUUAUCAAAUAAAUUGCCGAUUUGGAUGUACACGGAUUUAAACGAAAAUGAAGUGAACUUUAGGGUGUUCUCCGCCCCUGUCCUCGAAGCGAUCAGCCACACCGCUUGUGACGUGACCCCUCGAUCGGAUAUUCUCGAUAAAUUCAAUCGAUUUGGCAACAAAGUCAAGAAUGUCACGAAUAAUAUUGUGUCAAAAUUGAAGCCUAACUCCGCAGUGACCUGCAGUUCUACAUCGAUAGGCAUGCUUGUGUUACUAAGCUGGUUUGCGUUUCUUGUGUCUAAUUAAAUUGUGAAAGGUGAAGCACACGCUCGAUUUAUCGACUGAAGUCCAAAUGGCAUCGUUUGGCAUGGCAUACUGAUCAGUAUACUUGAGUUAUUAAAUACUAACAUGCGGCAAGUGUUCAUGGGCGACGGUAACCGCUUCCUAUCAAGUGGUCCGUCUGAUACUUUGCCUCCCCAAUUAGACGAAAAAAAAACUUUCUUUUACGCGCCAGUAUGAUGCAGCCAUGAUAUUUUUUCUCAUCAAACGAGAACAUGAUUUAGAAUUGGAUGUAUGUCGACGAUAAUGAUUGAAAAGUGAAUUCAAAAGUGUAUUUUUUUUAUUACGAUCGAAAUAAUUGUUAGUGUCAAUAUUUAUUGCGGUGCAGUGACUCAGUAAUGGGUCGUAUAACGUUAAACGUCAUUAUGCCAGUUACAUUUUUUACUCUUUUCUUUUUAUGACGUAAUUGAUUUUCUUGAACUACUUUACUUGAUCUUGGUAAUGUUUGAAUAAUCAUUUAGAGCUGUGCAGUAGCACUUUGUGUGUCAAUUUUAUAUCUUAUAUUAGGCCGAAUAGAGACCAAAAUAUUCUGACAAUAUCAAGAUGGAAAAAAUUGCUAAAUCGCAGUUGACAUUAAAAAGGUUUAGACUGGAAGAAGGUUUGCUAUUAAUGAAUAGUUUUGUUGCGUCAAGGCAGUUCAGUCAUUUCCAAUUAUUAAAAUUUUCAUUAGUACAUUAUUCUGAGUAGUAUUAUCUAUAUGUAUGUAUGUAUAUAUAUAUAUAUAUAUAUAUAUAUAAAAGGAAAGAUUUGUGAGUUUGUAAUGUUUUUUUUUUAAAAACUAUACUACAUUAGCAGCGAGUAACAUGGGCUGUAAAUUAUUUUUUGAAAUUCUACCUACCCGUGCGAAAUCACACGACUGUAAUCCCAUACGGGGUAAUUAGAGGCGCAUGCCAACUGUUGCCGUCGACAUGUCCACAUUCCGACGUGCAUAUUAGAAUUUAUUGUAGCAGGGGCAAGUCCACCGCUAAUUGGACAUAUGAUUGGUGUUUACCGUCACCGGAGAGUUGGUCGAAAAUUAAAAAUUGACACAUAUAGUUUUUUUUUUUUCUAUAAAACAAUGAUUAGUCUAAAUAGUCGAUUGUUGACCGUGUGUGUAUUAUAAUAUGAAUGCUGUGUUUGUAAUUAAUAAAUAAUAAUUGGUCUUUGAUUAUUUAAAUGUCUAGAACUUCUACAAGGGGGUCGCGGAAGGUCGCGAAGCAGUGAAAAAUCAACAGUUCCGUAAAUACAUCGAUCAAUCAAUAAUGAAGUAUCAAUACAUAAUGAAGUAUUUACAACAGACAUCGAUUACAUGCCUGUUUGAGAUACUUCAUUAUGUAUUAUUUAUUUUAUUUUAUCGAUACCUAGCUGUGAAUAUAAAUACAACUGUACGGAUUUCAUAAUUGUGCUAUAAUAAAAUUUAUACACAUACGAAACCAUGGAGGGUAGGGGGUCGCAAGAUAUUUUUACAUAAUAAGGGGGUCGCGUCAUGAAAAAGAUUUGUACAAAGUCUCCCUCUAGUGAGGGAGAUUUUGUCCCUCUGAGACAAGUCGAUUACUUGGGUACCUCUGUCCCAUUCGUGUUUCUACCGUGAAGCAGUUGUGUUUGCAUGGCUGUGUUUCGGUUUGAAGGGUGGGAUAUGGCGUGAAUUUACAGGGUACAGAGGAAUAACAUCUGAAUCCUCAGGAAUGGCAACGCAUGGGGGGUAUCAUGAGCGAAACAGUAUACUCUGUUAUGUCCAUGGUACUGCUCAUGUCUAUAGGCGACGGUUACCACUUUCCAUCAGGUAAGCCGUCAGCUUGUUUGCUAUUCUAAGUUGUAUAAAAAAAAAAGAUUGAAAAAAUACUGUUUUAAAGGAAGUAUUGUAAUUGUUAUAGGUACAUAGUAUACUCUAUUUAAUUUUUUACAAUUGGAUAAAUUCAUUAUUUAAAUUUAGAUAUAUAAUAUAAAGCAUAUACAGACAAAUAAAUAAUCAAAGAUGCAACCCUGUGAUUGUGACAGCCAUAGGCGUAAGUCGUUACCGAUCUAUUUAUUGUAAUUAAUCUAUAUUUUGUCAGUCUGUUUGUACUUACAUAAUGUCUGUCUUAAAAAGUGAUAUUGUAUGUUAAGCAACGUUAGUUAGCCUAUACUAAGUCAUGUUUCGCUGUAAAUAUAUAAAUUUAUAUGUUAAUUAAACGCUGUAAGCUU